AUGUACUGUGGCGGUCUGACCUUCAGGCGCGGUGUGUUCAGGGGCGUCGGGCGGCUGGAGACCAUGAUGUCGGUGUGCUACGGCCGCAGCGAAGCGCUGGUGUUCACCGGAGCCGCCACUGGAGACGUUUACAUCUGGAAGGAGCCGCUGCUGAUGAAAACUGUCAAAGCUCACGAUGGACCAGUGUUCGCCAUGUUCUCCCUGGACAAGGGCUUCGUGACCGGCGGGAAGGACGGCGUGGUGGAGCUGUGGGACGACAUGUUUGAUCGCUGCCUGAAGACCUACGCCAUCAAGAGAGCCGCUCUGUCUCCAGGCUCGAAAGGGCUGCUGCUUGAGGACAACCCGUCCAUCAGAGCCAUCACUUUGGGUCAUGGUCACAUCCUGGUGGGAACCAAAAACGGAGAAGUUCUAGAGAUUGACAAGACUGGACCCAUGACUCUGCUGGUGCAGGGUCACAUGGAGGGUGAAGUUUGGGGACUGGCCCCCCACCCUCUCCUCCCCAUCUGUGCCACCGUCAGCGACGAUAAAACGCUGCGUCUGUGGGAGACGUCAGCCAAUCACCGCAUGGUCGCU